UUUGUAAAGACAGCUGGUCUGUUUGUGCAAUUAUCGAACUGUUGUCUGCUGUCAUGUCUGUCAUCCAUGUUCCUCUGAUUGAGGAACAUUUGUGACUCCUCUUCUUGUUCUCAAGAAGAUACUAGCUGCUUCUGUCGAUUAUUUGCGUCUUCACUCCUUGGAACGAGCUUCGACUGGAUUGUUAUCAUUUGUGAAGGUCAAAGAGGUGCAGACGGGUUACACUUUCAAAUGGAAUUUUCAAAAAAUUGUACUUCUGACUUCUGCCCUCUUAACUGCUGAACGGAACAUCUCCAUCUUUGGAUCUCUAAUUGAAUAAAAUAGUCUUGAAAAGUUGGAGAGAUCUACUUAAACAAUCGCUGCAAUAAUACUUGUCACAAUUAGCGUAAGUCACAAAACGAGAAUAUCAUUUUGAAAAGUCUACCUCAACUGCAAUAUUUUUAUCCGCCGCCGUUUCGAUGAAACAUUCCUCAAAUAGUGCACAUGCGAUCUCGUCAACCAACCCGGAAAUCAUAGUGACCGAAAACAAUCAACUUAGCAAAGAGCAGAACUCGCCGACGAGUAAUGGUCUCCUGUACAGCAAUGGAAAGCUGUGUUAUAACAACUCGAAAGCCUCAUCGGCUAAAACAUCAUGCUCCGAGAUCAGCAAUUUUUCAUCGCGCGCAUCCAGUCAACAGGAGCUCAUAUUGGGCAAUGCGCUCGGGCAAAGAACAGCCAACAUAGCCGCCAAAAUGAACUCCUCGAAUGGACUGAAUAGUCGCAAUAGCAACCAUUGUCAUUCCACGACUAACAUGGACUGCGAAGAAGAUAUUCCAGUUGUGGCGGAGGAGUCCAAAAGUCAACCUUGGAGCAGUCUCUCAUGUCGUGGGAAACUUGCCAGAAUCCGUUCCUCUGUCUUCAGCAUAGUAAGCGUGCUCACGCUUCUCUACAUUUUCGUUUGUUCUCUUGACCUCAUGGGCAGUUCCCUCAAGCUGAUGGCGGGAAAGACAGCUGGAGAUGUGUUCACGAAGGACUCUUUGUUGAGCAACCCGGUGGCUGGAUUGAUGGUGGGAGUGCUGGCCACGGUCCUAGUGCAAAGCUCUAGCACGUCAACGUCUAUUGUAGUCACCAUGGUAGCUUCCAAAAUUCUGGAAGUUCACACAGCCAUUCCAAUAGUGAUGGGUGCGAAUAUAGGCACCUCAGUCACCAAUACCCUGGUGGCCAUGGGUCAAAUCCAGGUCAAGGACGAGUUCAAACGGGCCUUCGCCGGAGCCACUGUACACGACAUGUUCAACUGGCUCACGGUACUGGUGCUACUGCCCGUCGAGGUCGUCACGGGAUACCUGCAGACAGCCUCACUUCUCCUCGUCCGUUUCCUCAAUGUGGAUCAAAAAACAGAUGCCGAGAUAUCGGGGUUGGAUCUUUUGACAGAUCCAGUGAUGAAGCGCAUAGUGAUUGUGGAUAAAAGUGUAAUAACCAACGUCCAAACCACCAAUGGCUCCACCUCUAGCGACGCUCCGGUGUUGAAGCGCUGGUGUGGCGAUUCCAAGUCCCUUUCGGACACAAUUGGUCGAAGUUUGAUGGUGCUGUCAUCCGGAAAUGAGACACUCUCAUUGGCUGCCGAGGGCCAAGCCAACCUAUCAAUGGCUGUCAUCAAUGAAUCUGCGAUCUUACGCGUCGAUGAAGGCGGAGCGCAGCCUCAAAAAUGCCAAGCGCUGUUCAACUGGCUGGGGCUGUCCGAUAUGACUACAGGACUCAUUUUGUUCGUUGUGUCAGUGGUGUUUCUCUGCACGUGUCUGAUUCUGCUGGUCAAAGUGCUCAAAGGCAUUUUCUCGGGACAGAUGUCUGAGUUGAUCAAGAAGACUGUGAACGACGAUUUUCCGGGAUGUCUCGGUUAUUUCACAGGCUUGUUCGCUAUCUUUGUGGGUACUGUUAUGACAAUUCUGGUACAGAGCAGUUCUGUCUUCACCUCCACUCUCACCCCUUUGGUUGGACUGGGCGUGAUCAAAAUCGAACGAGUGUUCCCUCUGACUCUGGGUUCCAACAUCGGAACCACAGUCACUGGACUUCUAGCCGCGUUGGCUGCUGACGCUUCGAUGCGCGAUGUGGCACUCCAGAUCGCCCUCUGUCAUUUGCUUUUCAAUUUGAGUGGCAUUUUGAUAUGGUACCCGAUACCGCUAAUGAGAAAGAUUCCCAUCAGACUGGCUAAGCAAUUGGGCGAGACGACAGCCGAGUAUAGAUGGUUUGCCCUGUUCUACUUGCUCUGCAUGUUCGUCCUGGCACCUCUCUUCGUCUUCGUCCUCUCUCUUCUGGGUUCAAAGAUCACAGUAGCAGUGCUUGCUUCUCUGAUCUCGUCUGUGGUCCUCGUUGUCGCGAUCAACCUCCUACAGAAGUCGCAGAGGUUUUACUGGGUACUGCCUCCUUUCCUUAGAUCUUGGCAAUGGUUGCCGAAACCUCUUCACUCAUUGGGACCAUGGGAUGGUUGUUUUCACUCUGUCUGGGUUAUGGUUAAGAAAUUACUGUGCAAGUUCAGAAGGACUAGAAAUAAUUCAUCUUCCACUGCCGUUAAUAAUAACCAAUCAACAUCUGUUUGAUCAAAUUGGCCAGCGAUUCAUAUUAAAGUUUCUUUUAUCAAACCAAACUCAGAGAUCUUGUCUGUUGUGGCCAGCUUAAUCAAUUCUAAAAAGUGCUCUAUUUUAAUUUUGUAAGCUCACUCAAUCUGAAUAUUGAAUAUUGAUGAUUCAUUUUUGGUUCUCUUUUUCAAUUUAAAC